UUCUGUCUUCAGUCUGUGUAGAUGCAGUAUUACAGAGAAACAGUGUCUCAUCCUGACUUCAGCUCUGAAAUCAAACCCAUCACACCUGAGAGAACUGAACCUGAGCAGGAAUGAACUAGGAGACUCUGGAGUGAAAAACCUCAGUGAUCUACUGAUGAACACACAAUUCAAGCUGGAGAAACUAGAGUUAAGAUGGUGUGAAAUGACAGAUGAAGGUUGUUCUGCUGUGACUUCAGCUCUGAAAUCAAACCCAUCACACCUGAGAGAACUGAACCUGAGUGAGAAUAAACUAGGAGACUCUGGAGUGAAAAACCUCAGUGAUCUACUGAUGAACACACAAUUCAAGCUGGAGAAACUAGAUCUGUGGAGAUGCAGUAUUACAGAGGAACAGUGUCUCAUCCUGACUUCAGCUCUGAAAUCAAACCCAUCACACCUGAGAGAAGUGAACCUGAGCAGGAAUAAACUAGGAGACUCUGGAGUGAAAAACCUCAGUGAUCUACUGAUGAACACACAAUUCAAGCUGGAGAAACUAGAGUUAAGCAUGUGUUGUAUGACAGAUGAAGGUUGUUCUGCUGUGACUUCAGCUCUGAAAUCAAACCCAUCACACCUGAGAGAACUGAACCUGAGCAGGAAUGAACUAGGAGACUCUGGAGUGAAAAACCUCAGUGAUCUACUGAUGAACACACAAUUCAAGCUGGAGAAACUAGAGUUAAGCAGCUGUGAAAUGACAGAUGAAGGUUGUUCUGCUGUGACUUCAGCUCUGAAAUCAAACCAAUCACACCUGAGAGAACUGAACCUGAGUGAGAAUAAACUAGGAGACUCUGGAGUGAAAAACCUCAGUGAUCUACUGAUGAACACACAAUUCAAGCUGGAGAAACUACA